UUAAACAACUGGAUCACCACACAUAUGUUUUGUGACGUCAUUUUCGUCAACAACAGAACAUCAACAACUGGAUCAUAAAAGCGUUUGAAGUCGUCUAUUUGAAAACAAUCUGCGUAGUGUUUUAAAUUUUUGAAACAGAUCGCAUUUAAUAGAAUAAUUUUGAAAUACCUAUGCCUUUCCUCGGAAAGGAUUGGCGAUCGCCUGGGGAAGCCUGGGUUAAAACUUCUGAAGGCUGGGAGAGAAAGAAAAUUUUGGAAUAUAAAAGCAAUCAUGGUCAAUCUAGGUAUUCUCGAAAUAGAAGUGUAUUCCUGGAGAAAAAAAGAGAAAACAGUUCCUAUGAGAGCAAUUCGGAUUUCCCUUUUGGGAGUGCAGAUAUAGAAUUUAUCAAUAACUCAGCUUUGAAAGAAAAUCAACCUUACUGUCAAAUAACUUUAAAAAAUACCAAAGAAGUCACUAGUUUCAAUAAUAUUGGUGAAGCUAUUCAGAAGUUAGACUUUAGAAAUGCAGUGCAUGAUAUUAGAAGGUUUAACUACAUAUGCAAGCUUUUACAUUUGCUGAUUACCCAAAAUCUCACAACUUUGAGUGGUCGUGCAACACAAAUACUCUUUGUAGUCCUAGAAGAAGUCGCUCGACAAGUGGCAAGCAACCAACAGAACUUGCACAUACUCCACAUGCUUCUCUACGACUUGCGGAGGAUCAUUAGAAAGUAUUAUUGCUGGGGGAGACCUCUUGGCAGCACUCUCCUAUGGGAACAACAUCUGAAGACUAUUGACAGAAUUUGUCAAUUCGCUAGUGAUAUAGAAAUCAAGCAGCCAAUGGAUGAUGGUUCUUAUAGAUUGACCGAUAUGCCGGCAGCAAUAUUAAGAGAAAUUUUGCUUAGGUUAAGUGACUAUAAAGACCUGAUGAAUUCCUCCCAGGCAUGCGAUGACAUGAAAUUUCUCCUUGACGAGCAGCACAUUUGGAGAGAACUAUGCAAAUUUCAUUUUUCCCGAGAGCAAAUUAAAGUACUUAUGGAGAACAACAAGUUGAAACCUUUGAACUCAAAAACUGAUUGGCAGCUUGUUUUUCAUCAGUUACGAAA